AUGGGACUUAAUUGUAGUAAGUGCUGCCAAGCAGAGGAAGAAGCUAAAAUGGAAUAGGAUCUAAAUAGAAAUGGAGGAAAUAAUAUAAAUAGUAAAAGAUCAAACCCUAUGAAGUUUGCUGCUAAUCCCAGAAUACUAGAUGAUAAGUCAAAGAAAGAAAUUUUAAAAGAGUUUUAACAAAAUCCAGAAAAAAUUUAAUCUGUAGUAAUGAUAUAAGCUAAUGUGAAGGGACAUAUAACAAGGAAUUAGACAAAUGAGAUUAGAAGUCAGUUAAUCACUAGUAUAUUUAAUGAAGGGAGAUUAGAAAUAAAUGAAGAGGAAUAUAAUUUCCCAAAGGUAAAUCAACUGCUUAAAUAAUUAGGUCAUUUUGACUUUGGAUCACACAUAGAUGAUGGUGUUCCGAGAGAUAAAAGACCACUAGUAAUGCUUGAAAAUGGAGCUAAGUAUGAGGGUGAAUGGGUAAAGGGUACUGAAAUUAGAGACGGCAGAGGAAUUUAAAUAUGGUCAGAUGGUUCCAGAUAUGAAGGUUAUUGGAGAAAUAAUAGAGCUAAUGGUAGAGGUAGACUAAUACAUGCUGAUGGAGAUGUAUAUGAAGGUGAAUGGUUAGAUGACAAGGCUCAUGGUUUUGGAAAAUACUAGCAUAUUGAUAGGUCAAAGUAUGAGGGUUACUGGAAAGAGGAUAAAUAACACGGUUAUGGUAGAGAAGUCUGGCCAGAUGGUGCAGCGUUUGAAGGAGACUAUGUAGAUGGGAAAAAGCAAGGAAAAGGCAAUUUUACAUGGGCUGAUGGAAGCACUUAUUAAGGAGAGUUUCUUGAGAAUAAUAUUCAUGGUAAGGGUACAUACAAAUGGGCAGAUGGGAGACUAUAUUAAGGUACUUGGCAAAAUAAUAAGAUGCAUGGAUAUGGCGUUUUCACAUGGCCUGAUGGGAGAAGAUAUGAAGGAGACUAUGCUGAUGAUAAGAAGUAAGGAAGAGGAACAUUUUAAUGGAGCGAUGGACGAAAAUAUAUAGGAGGAUGGUAUAAUGGAAAAUAGCACGGAACUGGAUUGUACGUUUCUUCUCAUGGAGCUUCCAGAAAAGGGGAAUGGAAUAUGGGUAAGAGAGUUAAAUGGGUUGGGGAAAGCCCUAGUUAAGGCCAUUUUGACAAUGAGGACCAAAUUGAUCAAGAUUGA